CCGUUACCCUCUCUCAGUUCCCUAGGGCACCAUUUUCCCCAGUAACACAGUCUCUGGAAACCGCAGCGCCCUAAAACCCACCACUCACAGGGUGCGAAAGAGCCUGCGCAGCAGGAACCGCCGACUUGACGUCAGCGCGCCGGGAUCGGGCAGUCCCCUUUGACGCCAGCCUUGCCACAGCCCCGCCCAGCACGCCUGUAUACUCCUGCGCAUGCUCCGAACUCCGCCCCCGUGCGUCACAGAAUGGCCUCGGACACUCAGGCAGACCCUGACGUGUCGGGGAGGAGCCGGGCGCGGAGGUGCGUGGAGUGGAGCUCAGGGCUGCCGAGAGGAGCGGAGCUGAGCGGCUGGGCGGGCCUGGCCAGGCCAGCGGUGCAGAGACGUCGGUCGAGCGGCGGCGAACAUGCGCUGUUGACAUAUUGGAGGCUUUCUUGAUCAUGGAUGGUGAAGAUAUACCAGAUUUUUCAAGUUUAAAGGAGGAAACUGCUUAUUGGAAGGAACUUUCCUUGAAGUAUAAACAAAGCUUCCAGGAAGCUCGUGAUGAACUAGUUGAAUUCCAGGAGGGAAGCAGAGAAUUAGAAGCAGAGUUGGAGGCACAAUUAGUACAGGCUGAACAAAGAAACAGAGACCUGCAAGCUGAUAACCAAAGACUGAAAUAUGAAGUGGAGGCGUUAAAGGAAAAACUAGAACAUCAGUAUGCACAGAGCUACAAGCAGGUCUCAGUAUUAGAAGAUGAUUUAAGUCAGACCCGGGCCAUUAAAGAGCAGUUGCAUAAAUAUGUGAGAGAGCUGGAACAGGCCAAUGAUGACCUGGAGAGAGCGAAGAGGGCAACAAUAGUUUCACUGGAAGACUUUGAACAAAGGCUAAMUCAGGCCAUUGAACGAAAUGCAUUUUUAGAAAGUGAACUCGAUGAAAAGGAAUCCUUGUUGGUUUCUGUACAGAGGUUAAAGGAUGAAGCAAGAGACUUAAGGCAAGAACUAGCAGUUCGGGAGAGACAACAGGAAGUGACCCGAAAGUCAGCUCCCAGUUCUCCCACGUUGGACUGUGAGAAGAUGGAUUCUGCUGUCCAGGCUUCACUCUCUUUGCCAGCUACUCCUGUUGGCAAAGGAACAGAAAAUAGUUUUCCUUCACCAAAAGCUAUACCAAAUGGUUUUGGAACCAGUCCACUAACUCCUUCUGCUAGGAUAUCAGCACUAAACAUCGUGGGGGAUCUCUUACGGAAAGUAGGGGCUUUAGAAUCCAAAUUAGCAGCUUGCAGGAAUUUUGCAAAGGACCAAGCAUCACGAAAAUCCUAUAUUUCAGGGAAUGUGAACUGUGGAGUGAUGAAUAGCAAUGGCACAAAGUUCUCUCGAUCAGGGCACACGUCUUUCUUUGACAAAGGGGCAGUGAACGGCUUUGACCCAGCUCCUCCUCCUCCUGGUMUGGGCUCUUCGCGCCCCUCUUCAGCUCCGGGGCUGCCCAUUGCCUGGCUGUCAGGAAUGAGCCCUCUCCACGCUGGGUCCACGUGAUCUUCUCACCUGGAAGCAGCUGAUCUUCCGGAUGGCAAAGCACAGCCUCUUGCCUCCAGAUGUUUUUACUUCACCACCAGUCCCAUCCCUCGCUCCUGAAACAUCUUCCUGGAUGAGAGUAGGAGCCAGUGUUCCUCUUCCUUUCAGCCCAGAGUGGCCAGAAACUCUACUAACUCAUUUCAUAGUCCGGAGUCCCUGUGAGGCAUGGGAGAGCCAUGUGGAAGUGGCUGAGCCCAGCAGGAUAGUUAUUUUUUCCUCAGUUUACAGAAGGGACAGUGUGCCCAAAGAGUUGGCCUUCCUGGAACUCACACAGCUAGCUCAGAGCAAAGCCAAGAUGGGAAAGAGGCCAGUGUCUUUUCCCACUAUGCCUUUCCAAACUUGAGUCUUUGCUGGCCUUAGCUUCUGUGGUCUGCCUUUUCCCUCAGGAGGUGAGUAGGUUUUGAAGGCUUGGAAAUGAUGAGCUGUGGGGGCAGCACAGCUGUGCAGCAGGAGGAAUCCAGUUCCCCCAGCCCUCCCUCCCUCCAUGUCCCGCUCUUGCUGGACUGUUCACUCUGCCUCUCUCAGAAGCUGUUUCAGAGCUGCCAUUAGCAUCUCCUGAGAGCUGGGAUGGAGGCCAGCACAUUUGGGAAAAUGGGAGAAGGUGUUCUGGGAGAGAGCCACAGCUUUAGGGAGCACCCUAUACCUACCUCACCCUUUCCUCCCUGAAUAAAACUGAGGAACCUGCCUGGCUGCUGGAGGGAACAUGGGCAAGUGUUGGGAUGGGCUAAGCAGUCCGUUGAUUUCACUGUUGGAAGACACCAAGAUAAGCCCUUUCACAUUCAAGUUUUUCCUUCAUGGUUGUUUUUCUCUGUUUUCCCCAAAGGUUGAGACAAAUUUUUAAAGCCAAGCCAAGCCAAAAAAAAAAAAAAAAUGUGAUUCUUUUCUAAAAA